UCCACAGUUCGCAGCCUCUUCUCCAACUGCUGAAUUUGUUCAGAUAUCUGUCUGUUAUGGGCUUCAUAAUCAACAUCAACUCCUUCACCACAAUGAUACCUGCACUGCUUGAGAAACAACAGUACGUCUGCACGUAUCGGCUCAGCCAGGACCACGUGGAGCUGUUUUUCAAUUCAAUCAGGGCGUCGGGGGGAUGGAACAACAAUCCGAGCGUCGUGAGUUUCAAGAACUACUUCCGGCAUGUCAUGGUUCGCUGCGGAAUCAAUCCAGGAGACACAGGCAACGUUCAAGCUCAGGAUGGAACUGUGUGUUUGUCAGCUAUUGCCAUAUCGUCAUCUGUGCCAGCUGAUGCCAACGACGAUGAUGAUGACGACGACAACAACCUCAUUGUUCCCUCUCCCUAUGAUCAAACUGCAGGGCUUGUCUUAGACCACACUUAUUUACCAACACGUUUUGGGGCCCUUACCGAAAAUGCACUUGUAUACAUUGCAGGAUUUGUUGUGAAAUGUGUCCAGAGAAAGCUUAAGUGUGAGGUUUGCUGCAGUAGUUUGAUUAGCACAGCCCUGCCUUCAACACUUGGGGACAAUUACCACCUUCUUGCCCUUCGUAACAAUGGUGGCCUGUUGAUUCCCAGCGCGGGUACAGUAAAAGUAGUAAGAUGUGCUGAGCAGUGCAUUAGACGAGUCUGCAAUGUGUCAUCCGCUGCCCGUCAAUGUUCCGAGUCUCUACUUGAAAGGGUGGUGAAGGCAGAAAUUGGGUCUCAAGAUAUUUUUAAUCUGGGAGAUCACAUUGUCGAGACUCAAGAUGGUAUAGACAACCAUCAUUAUGAUUUAAUUUCACAAGUCCUGGCUGCAUUCUACAGGUUGAGACAACACCACAUAGCUAAACUCCAUACAAUUCAGCUACAGAGCAAGAGCUUGAGGAAGAAACUGUGCAAAGUUGUGUUGUUGCAGGGAUACUAAACACUGUACAUAGCCCCAAUCAGGUGUAUAUAGUGUACAUAGCCCCAAUCAAUCAGGUGUAUAUAGUGUACAUAGCCCCAAUCAAUCAGGUGUAUAUAGUGUACAUAGCCCCAAUCAAUCAGGU